UUGUUGCACCUGUACCAGUCUCUGCUCUGGUUCUUCCCUACACCACAGGAAGCAGCCUCACACAGAGGCCCGACUCCAGACUACUUUUAUAACAGUUCUUACAGGAUGAACAAUGACUACACAGAGAUUAGUCCCUCUGAUCCCUCUGUCGACGCCUACACCACUCCCCUGAUCGCCGUGAAGGCCGAGAUCGGCUACCAGCACAAGAAGCGUCGUUACGUCCGCAAAGAUGGCAACUUCAAUGUCCUGUUCCGCCAUGUUCCUGAGGAGUGGCUCAUGUACGUCACCGACAUCUUCACUACGCUGGUGGAGAUAAGGUGGAGAGUUAUGUUCCUCAUCUUCACCCUCUCUUACACCCUCUCCUGGCUCUUCUUCGGCAUCCUCUACUGGUUGAUCGCCCUGGCUAACGGCGACAUCAAGGACCCUACUAAUGCCCCUUGUAUGUACGAGGUGAGGGACUUCACCGCGGCUUUCCUAUUCUCACUGGAGACCCAGACCACAAUCGGUUAUGGUUUUAGAGGGAUGUCAGAGAACUGCAUGGUGGCGAUCAUCGUCGUCACCGUGCAGGAUGUCAUCAGCUGUUUUAUUGAUACAUUCGUCAUCGGUAUCGCUGUGGCAGAGAUGGCAUCGACACGGAAACUGAAGCAAACAGUAGGCUUCAGCAACUGCGCUGUCAUCAACUUGCGAAAUGGGCGUUUGUGCCUGUCAUGGAGAAUUGGAGACUUCCGCCAACACCACAUGGUAGAGGGGAUGGCUCGUGCUCAAAUCUUCCGCCCCACCAUGCACGCCACUGGAAGGGUGGACAUCAACUACAAGGACCUGGAAAUCAAACAGAGUGAUAUCCUUUUAGCCAUACCAACCACCAUCUUCCACAUUAUUGAGCCCGGUACUCCACUCUACCGCAUGAGCUUGGAGGAUCUUCGGAAAGACGACUUUGAGCUGGUGGUGUCCUUCACCUACACAGAUGACUCGACGGGCAUCCUGCACCAGACUCGCACCUCCUAUACACCCGACGAGAUUCACUGGGGACAUCUGUUCCAAGAUAUGCUGAAUGUAAACCUGAAAUACUACAAGGUAGACUACUCAAUGUUCCACCACACUGCUAAGGUCCUGAUUCCGGAGGUCAGCGCAGAAGAGUACGAUCAAAUUAAGCUUCGGCGUUCCCCGCGCCACUCCCCGCGCCACUCCCCGCGCCACACUCCGUGCCACUCCCCACGCCACUCCCCGUGCCCCAAGCGCCCAAGCAUUAAUUGCAAUCCCCCGAUGGUGACUGUGGAACUGGUAAAUGGCACCACAGAAGCUGAGGUACAUGCAGCCAUGGCUGCUACUAUCGCAGCAGUUUGCGAGGACCAAGGACAUUUGUGUCUUCCAAGGAACCCCAUUCUGACGUAGAUGUUCUGCUGACAUGGCAAUACCAACACAAUUUCAUUGUAACUGGCCAAUGGUCACUCAGAAACAUGGCCAUUGCAGUCUGCCUUUACUAUUGUCCAGGCUCUGUACGCUGAAGUUACUUUUAAAUACUGAAAAGACAAAGUUGAUUGUUUUCACGGAAUCUAAGAUGAAACCUCAGAUUCUUACACGUACAGUCAAUGUGCAGGACAAACAAAUAGAAAGACUAGCAACUAAGAGGUAUUUUGGUUUCUCGAUAGAUGAAUGUCUCACCUUUAAACCCCACAUUGUACGUCUUGUACUUGGAAUUCUUGAUAGAUGAGUGUCUCACCUUUAAGCAUCGUAAGUCUUGUGAAAAAGUAUUUUCUUAUUAAGUCAUGUUUUGUGAAAAAGUAUUUUCGUAUUAAGUCAUGUUUUUCAUUAGAAGCGAGAAAGAUGCUUGUUCCCACUACUUUCUUACCUGUAAUUGAUUCUGUUGAUAUCCUGUACAUGUAUGCCCCUGUGAUUUCAUUGCGUAUGCUGGACUGGGUACCACGGAGCACUGAAGUUUGUUACUAACUCCAAAGCCCUCACUCAUCACUGUACUCUCUAUAUGAGAGUGGGCUGGUCUUCCUUAGCUCUUCGGAGAUGAAGUCAUUGGUACGUUUUUAUUUAUAUGGCCGUAUUGAGACGGCUCCCAUUUUACUUGUGUAACUACAUUGUCCAGCAGACAAAUGAAAACUAUCGCCUGCGCUCACAUGACUGAGUUUUGUUGAUUGUGCCAAAGGCCCCGUACAGAGAUAGGUGAAAACACUUUCCAGUUCUCUGCUCCUUCCGCUUGGAACAAGCUUCGAAAGGCCCUAAAAUCACAGGAACUCAUCCCUUAAAAUUAGUUUAAAGCUAGGUUAAAUUCUAGAAUGGAAUAUGAGUUUAAAGCUCGGUUAAAUUCUAGAAUGGAAUAUGAAUUUAAAGAUCGGUUAAAUUCUAGAAUGGAAUAUAAGUUUAAAGCUCGGUUAAAUUCUAGAAUGGAAUAUAAGUUUAAAGCUCGGUUAAAUUCUAGAAUGGAAUAUAAGUUUAAAGCUCGGUUAAAUUCUAGAAUGGAAUAUGAGUUUAAAGCUUGGUUAAAUUCUAGAAUGGAAUAUGAGUUUAAAGCUCGGUUAAAUUCUAGAAUGGAAUAUGAGUUUAAAGCUCGGUUAAAUUCUAGAAUGGAAUAUUAGUUUAAAGCUUGGUUAAAUUCUAGAAUGGAAUAUGAGUUUAAAGCUUGGUUAAAUUCUAGAAUGGAAUAUGAGUUUAAAGCUUUAAACGCUAGGAUGUAAAAUGAAGUAGGGGGCUGUCAAUGUUUUGACUGCUAGUUUAACCACACUUUCCCAAAACAUCUUGCUGUUCAAUGUGUAAAUAGAUUUUUUUUAACUGUAGUGCUUUGUGUUUUAUGUUGUAAAUGUGUCUGCAACUUUGUGUGCUGUAUAACUUAGUUCUAAAGUUGUAUCUGUACCCAUUGGAUGCAGUGAUCACAAUAUAGUGGCUUUGUCCAGGAAAUCCAAUGUUCCAACAGCUGGGCCUAAAAUAGUAUAUAAGAGAUCAUACAAAACAUGUUGCUGUGACUUAUGUGGAUGAUGUAAAACAAUAUUUGUUGGUCUGAUGUGAUUUAUAAGAAACAUCCAGAUGCUGCACUUGAUGCAUUCAUGAAAUUGCUUCUUCCAAUUUUUUGAUAAACAUGAACCUGUAAAGAAACUGACAGAACUGUUAUGACUCCAUGGAUUGAUGAGGAACUGAAAAACUGUAUGGUUGAGAGAGAUGGGGGCAAAAGAAGUGGCUGCACAUCUGACUGGCUACACAUCUGACAGGCUACACAUCUGACUGGCUACACAUCUGACUGGCUACACAUCUGAAUGGCUACACAUCUGACUGGCUACACAUCUGACUGGCUACACAUCUGACUGGCUACACAUCUGUCUGGGUACACAUCUGACUGGCUACACAUCUGACUGGCUACACAUCUGGCUGGCUACACAUCUGACUGGCUACACAUCUGACUGGCUACACAUCUGACUGGCUACACAUCUGGCUGGCUGAGUUACUGAAAAUUGAGAAAUGAUGUGACUAAACUCAACAAAAAGAAGAAGAAACUGUAUUAUGAAGCCAAGAUCAAUGAUAUAAAGACUGAUGGAAAUGAACUGAUGGGCAGAAAGACAGAUGAUUUGUACUCCAACAGUGGGCCAUCUUACUCACGCAUAAAGAAACAUGUCAUGAAAGGAAAGCAAUGCAAGUUUGAAUUUUGUAAAGUUAGUGUGGGAGAGGUGGAAAAAUGAUUGUUAUUGAUCAAUGAUUUACCAACGUCCUGGCAUUGACAACUUAGACGGAAAGCUACUGAGAAUUGUAGGUGACUCUAUAGCCACUCCUAUCUGUCAUGUAUUUCAUCUGAGCCAAGAGGAAAGUCUUUGUCCUCAGGCCUGGAGGGAAGCCAAAGUCAUUCCGCUACUGAAGAGUGGUAAAAGCGACCUUUACUGGCGCUGCCAGCUCUUAGCAAACUGUUGGAAAAAAAUUGUGUUUGACCAAGUACAAUGCUAUUUCUUUGUAAACAAAUUAACAAGAUACUUUCAGGAUGCUUAUAGAGAGGGGCACUCGACAUGCACUGCACUGACACAAAUUACCAAUGAUUGGUUGAAACAAAUUGAUAAUAAGAAGAUUAGAUUUCAGUGCAGCCUUUGAUAUUACUCACUAUAACUUGUUGUUGAGAAAACGUAUGUGCUCUGGCUUUUCAACCUCUGCCUUAUCGUGGGUUCAAAGCUUUCUAUCUAAUAGAACUCAGAGAGUUUCCUUUAAUGGAAGCUUCUCUAACGUCAAACAUUCAAAGUGUGUUGUACUGCAGGGCAGCUCUCUAGGCCCUCUACUCUUUUCUAUUUUUGUCAGUGACCUGCCACUGGCAUUAAAAUAAGCAUAUGUGUCCAUGUAUGCUGAUGAUUCAACCAUAUACACAUCAGCAACCAUAGCUAAUUAAGUCACUAAAACCCUUAACGAAGAGUUGCAGUCUGUUUUGGAAUGGGUGGCCAGUAAUAAACUGGUCCUGAACAUCUCUUAAACUAAGAGCAUUUUAUUUGGUACAAAUCGUUCCAUAAGUUCUAGACCUCAGCUGAAUCUGGUAAUGAAUAGUGUGGCUGUUGAAGAAGUGGAGGAGACUAAAUUACUUGGCGUUACCUUAGAUUGUAAAAUAAAACAUAUAGACAUAUAGAUUCAAUGGUUGAGGAGAUGGGGAGAGGUCUGUCCAUAAUAAAAAUAUGCUCUGCUUUUUUGACACCACAUUCCAAAAAGCAAGUCCUGCAGGUUCUAGUUUUGUCUUAUCUUGAUUAUUGUCCAGUUAUGUGGUGGAGGGCUGCCGCUGACCCAGAACAGAGUGGCACAUCUGUCUCUUUAUUGUAAUCAGAGGGAUAAUAUAAAUACUAUACAUGCCCAUCUCUCUUGGCUAAGAGUUGAGGAGAGACUGACUGCAUAAUUUCUUCCUUUUAUAACAAACAUUAAUGUGUUCAAAAUGUAUUUCUAUAGUCAACUUACACAGCUCUGACACACACACUUACUCCACCAGACAUGUCACCAGGGGUCUUUUCACAGUCCCCAAAUCCAAGAAAGCGCACAGUAUUAUAUAAAGCCUUAAUUGCACGAGACUCCCUUCCAUCUCAUAUUGAUCAAAUAAACAGCAAAAAAACAGAUAAAGCGAUACCUCACGGCACAACGCCUCUCCCCGAUUGGAUCUUCAUAGUUUGUGUGUCUGUAUUGAUAUGUAGGCUACGUGCACCGUUUUCAAAUUGAUGUAGUUCUGUUCUAGAGCUGUUCUUGUCUAUUAUUGUUCUGUAAUUAUGUCAUGUUUCAUGUUCUGUGUUGGACCCCCUAACUUACCAAUCUAAAAACAACUUUUUUUAAAAUUUUACUAGGCAAGUCAGUUAAGAACAAAUUCUUAUUUUCAAUGACGGCCUAGGAACAGUGGGUUAACUGCCUGUUCAGGGGCAGAACGACAGAUUUGUACCUUGUCAGCUCGGGGAUUUGACCUUGCAACCUUUCGGUUACUAGUCCAACGCUCUAACCACUAGGCUACCCUGCCGCCACUAAAUCAAUGGGGGGGGCCCAUUGAGAUGGUUAGACUAAUUUACCAAUCUAAAAACAACAAAAUCAAUGGGGGCCCAUUGAGAUGGUUAGACUAACUUACCAAUCUAAAAACAACAAAAUCAAUGGGGGCCCAUUGAGAUGGUUAGACUAAUUUACCAAUCUAAAAACAACAAAAUCAAUGGGGGCCCAUUGAGAUGGUUAGACUAAUUUACCAAUCUAAAAACAACAAAAUCAAUGGGGGCCCAUUGAGAUGGUUAGACUAAUUUACCAAUCUAAAAACAAAUUUGCUGACAUGGGCUAAUUGAGUGACUGACAAUCUGCUAAUGCACAACCCCACAAUAAAUAUUUUACAAUAUUGACAUUUAUCUGAGGGCCUACAAAAGGUGGGCUGUGGGCCGCCAGUAGCCCAUCCCUGCUCAGGCACAUUUACAGACUGAUUUAUAGCCAACUUUAUCAAAUGCUCCUAUAUCAUGACUAUCAAUGAUGUCAAGAAGAGUGUAUUACUUCCGUUUGGCAUGUCUCUGAUUGUAAUGACAUGACAACUAUGUCUGAGCUUCUAUACAAUUUCAAAACUCUAGAAUGCUAUUUGGAGAACAGUGAAAACAAGUCAAAAUGACCCCAGACAUUAUCACCUUGGCUGCUGUAGCUUCAUUCACCUCAGUCCAUCUACAAACACAUAGCCUAUUAGCUAUUAGCCGCUACAC